AUGGCACGCGCUUCAAAGAACAGUGCACGCCUCGUCAUCAUUGUGACCGGCGCAAACGCAGGUGUUGGGUUCGGACUAUGCCAUCGUCUGCUCGUUCAGCUUUCACAGGUAAAUCCUCCUGAUUCACGGCCACAGCUUGCACAGUCAACGCCCUACUCCAAAGUGAACGGACACGUUUUCGCGAACAGCCCAUCUCCACCUGGACUCACUCUCAUCCUCGCAUGCCGUGACAAGACCCGUGCAGAGAAUGCCAGAGCGGCACUCUACGGACUCUUGGAUACACACAUUGCCCAGAUACCACGGCCCUCAGAGGCUAAUGCCUACGCGUCAGAAUUUCGGAGGAAUUUGCUACUGCAAAUUCAUCGUGUCGAUUUGGGCAACACACAAAGUAUUCUGCAGUUCGGGAGAGAGAUCUCAGAAAAAUAUCCAUAUAUUUCACACCUGAUCUGUAACGCUGGCGUGUCAACUUAUAGCCAUAUCAACUACAUUAUAUUCGCUCGACAGUGUUUCGAGUCAUUACUCAAGGCUGUGCUACACCCAACGUACAACGUGCAGAAAGUCGGUGUCAUCAGCGGGGACAACCUCGGUUUUGUCUGGCAGUGCAAUGUCUUCGGGCACUAUGUCAUGUUCCGUCAGCUCCAGCCAUUACUAGCCAAGUAUAAGAUCGUUAGUGAAUGUUCGUCCCCGGCCCGCAUCCUAUGGAUGUCUUCCGUCGAUGCACUGCCGCUAUAUGAUCCCACCGAUGACUGGCAGCUCACUAAGACCAACACUUCAUAUCAGGCAUCCAAGUCUCAAAUCGAUCUCAUGACAAUGGCCCUCGCACAGUCGCGUAAAGUGGAGUGCAAUGAGCAUGAAGCUACGAUAGAACAUUUACUCGUGACACCGGGAAUUACUCCGACAAAUAUUGCUGCUGAGUUGCUACAGUCAUAUAUCCUCGAACUGUUCAGGCUGUUGUUCUUUUAUAUUUGCCGUUUGAUUGGUUCUCCUCAUAUUCUGUUUUCUACAUAUAAGGCUGCCGUUGCUGCCUCACACGCUGUGCUCGCCCCGCUUUCCUGCCUUCCGCAUUUCGUUCACGACGAAGGCGCUGUAGCAUUCCCGAAGUUCAGCGCGCAGACCGAUCGGUGGGGGAACGAGAGUGUCGGGAUCGUGCCUGUACACCAGUGGCAGGAACAUCCCGAUGAAGGCAGCCAUUUGAUCGAGCAGUGCGAGCGAUUAUACCAAACGUUUUUGAAGGCCGAGAUACGGGAGCAUAGAGAAUCAUAG